AUGACCUGGAAUAUCAGGGGCUUAAAUGCCCCUAACAAGUGGCGCUUGAUCAAGCGUCAAAUUGAUGAGGCAAAAGGUGACAUUUGGGUGCUAAAAGAAACAAAGCGGAACAAAUCAAAGAUUGAUAUGCAGAUGCGAGUGUGGAGACAAUGGACUAGGAAAUUUGUGGAAGUUGAUGGGGCCUCGGGAGGUAUUGGCAUCAUUUGGAAUCCGCUAGUGGUCAAAGGAGAAGUAGUGGAUGAGGGGAAGCAUUGGCAACAAUGCAAAAUAACAUUGUUAAGUAACAAUGAAUCCUUUUUUAUCUACAAUAUAUAUGGGCCCACUGCCACCCCAGAAAAAAGGGAGUUAUGGAAUCUUAUAUCAAGCAAACUUGAUGGAUGUAAUAGGGUAAAAAGCAUCAUUUCUUGGGAUUUUAAUGCGACCUUCAAUGAUCAAGAGAAGGCGGGUGGUAUUCAAAGACCAAGCGUUACUCAAAGAGACUUCCAAAAUUAUAUUGAUCGCAAUUCACUUAUUGAUAUUGUCCCCAAGAAUGGUGUCUUUACCUAG